AUGAGAACACCUCGUAUCCCAGCGUUCUACCGCCUAUUCUUCAUAUACAUCGAGCCGCUCUCUGCCGUAGCGGGUGCCCUCUACGCCGCGCUCGUCCCCGAGCACUACCUCGCGGACCUUUCUCUGACGCCAGCGCAGCGUCGAUCAGCUGAAGUGCGGGAGCCACUCGGGGUGGCCCAGAUGAUGUCGCUCUGGCAGCUAGCCAAUCUUUACCUACUAUUCGCCCUAAACGAACAUCUCGUCCUCUCAUCCACAUCGUCGAUCGCUACCUGGCGCCGUCUUCUCUUUUGCCUUCUCAUCGCGGACUUUGGGCACCUUCUCACGAUGUCACCGCUGGGAUUACAGGCGUUCUGGCAUGUCUGGGAGUGGAAUGCGAUGCUGUGGGGGAGCAUUGGGUUUGUUUACGUUGGUGCUAGUAUGAGGAUGUCGUUCUUGCUUGGCGUAGGGCUAGGAGGCCGCUUAGGGGAAAAGCGAAAAUAA